AUGGGUUCCGUCGUCCUUCCCCAUCUUACUACCGCCUGGCACGUCGACCAAGCUAUUCUUUCCGAGGAGGAGCGUUUGGUUGUCAUUAGAUUUGGCCGUGACUGGGAUAAGGAUUGUAUGAGACAGGAUGAAGUCCUCUACCGAAUAGCUGAUCGGGUCAAGAACUUCGCCGUGAUUUACCUUUGUGAUAUCGACCAGGUGCCAGAUUUCAUCCAGAUGUACGAACUCUACGACCCCAUGACGAUAAUGUUCUUUUUCCGUAAUAAACACAUGAUGUGUGAUUUUGGGACGGGAAACAACAACAAGCUCAACUGGGUGUUGGAGGAUAAGCAAGAGUUGAUCGAUAUCUUCGAGGCGAUUUAUCGAGGUGCGAAGAAAGGAAGAGGUUUGGUUGUCAGUCCUAAAGAUUACUCCACCCGAUACAGAUAUUAG